GCGUGCAUGGUGUGAAGAAAGAAGCGCAAUUAUUAAUCUUUCAUAGACCUUGUUCUGUUCCAAUAACUCUGUUUUUUUCCAUUUUGUUGCAUUAACUUGAACAGAGAAAAAAAUAAAAUAGGAGAAUGGAUCCGAAAGGGGAUGCAGUGAGUACUGAGUCAAGUGUGGUGGCCAAAGAAAAAAGAGAUGAAGAAAAGACUGUGUCUGCUACUGACAUAAAUGGAGAUCUCAGUGCAGCAAUUUCCAAAAUUUCUCUCCAUGGAACUCGAGUUUUUCCUUCGAAGAAAAGACUAAUUGUUCUUGAUAUAAAUGGGUUGUUAGCGGCUGUAGUUUCUCCUCCUCCGAAGGAUCGCGAAGGUGAUAUAACCAUUGCAAGGAGAGCAAUAUUCAAGAGACCCUCUUAUCUUGAGUUUCUGGAGUUUUGCUUCGAAAAAUUUGAAGUUGGCAUAUGGUCUUCAAGACUCAAGAAAAAUGCUGAUCGGAUCAUUAACUGUUUGAUGCCAUUCUUGAAAUACAAAUUGCUUUUCUGCUGGGACCUUUCUUAUUGCACUGAAACACACUACAAGACUCUUGAGAACAAAUAUAAGAAUGUUGUUUUUAAGGAUUUGAGGAAACUCUGGGAAAAGCAUGAUCCUAAUCUUCCAUGGGAGAAAGGGUAUUACAAUGAAUCCAACACUCUGCUGUUGGAUGAUUCACCUUACAAGGCAUUGCUGAAUCCUCCAAACACCUCGGUUUUCCCUCAUACAUUCAGUUAUCAUGAUGAAAACGACAACUCUUUAGCUGAAGGAGGAGAGCUGAGAGUGUUUCUAGAAGGUUUGGCAAAAGCUGAAGAUAUGAGAAAGUAUGUUGAAGAACACCCAUUUGGCCAAGAAGCCAUUACCGAAAAAUGUGAAUCUUGGAACUUCUAUAGUCAGGUUAUGCAGAGUCUCUCUGUUUGAUUUGAAGAGAAAAUGAGACAUAAGGUUCAUCUUUUUUGUUCUCAGAUCAUUAAACUUUCUUUGAACUCUGAACAUUGCUGAAGAUUUUGAUUUAGAUUACAUGUUAUCAUGGAACUUGAAUGGUGGCUGAGAUAUCCUUUUGGAAAAUGCUAUUGGAAUUUAUCAACUGUUCAAACAUGUUAUGGUUUA